AGGGAGGAAGACAGUGGUAAAGUUUUCAUCCAUUCCUACUGCACACAUCGUCAAAAAAAAUUUUCUUGCAAAAAUCAAUUUUGAAAUUUUGUGAUUUUUCAUUAAAUAGUGAUUGAAAACUGUCAAUAAAACAGCCAUGGAUGAAGAAUAUGAUGCAAUUGUCUUGGGAACUGGAUUGAAAGAAUGCAUUUUAAGUGGAAUGUUGAGUGUUUCUGGAAAAAAGGUUUUACACAUCGAUAGAAAUAGCUAUUAUGGAGGCGACACGGCAUCCAUUACACCAUUAGAAGAACUUUUUGCAAAGUUUAAGCAAGAAAAUCCCGGUGAAAAGUAUGGAAGAACCCGUGACUGGAAUGUUGAUCUGAUUCCCAAGUUUUUAAUGGCUAAUGGCUUACUCGUUAAAUUAUUGAUUCAUACGGGCGUGACAAGAUAUUUGGAAUUCAAAUCUGUCGAAGGCUCUUAUGUCUACAAACAGGGAAAAAUUGCAAAAGUUCCCGUCGAUCAAAAAGAAGCUCUAGCAUCCGAUUUGAUGGGAAUGUUUGAGAAGCGUCGUUUCCGCAAUUUCUUGAUCUACGUUCAAGAUUUUAGAGAGGAAGAUCCAAAGACAUGGAAAGACUUUGAUCCAUCAACUCAAAACAUGAAAGCUCUUUAUGAAAAGUUCGGAUUAGAUCCAAACACUCAAGAUUUUACCGGACAUGCAUUGGCAUUGCAUCGCGACGAUGAUUAUUUGGCAGAACCAGCUGUUCUUACUAUUCGUCGUAUUAAAUUGUAUUCUGAUUCAUUGGCACGUUAUGGAAAGUCACCUUAUUUAUAUCCAAUGUACGGUUUGGGCGAAUUACCGCAAGGUUUUGCACGUCUUUCCGCCAUUUAUGGUGGAACUUAUAUGCUUGAUAAACCAAUUGAUGAGAUUGUUCUUGAAAAUGGACGCGUUGUAGGCGUUCGUUCUGGAUCUGAAGUUGCAAAGUGCAAGCAAGUCUAUUGUGAUCCAUCUUACGUUAAAGACAAGGUUCGCAAGAGUGGACAAGUAGUUCGUUGCAUUUGUAUAUUGGAUCAUCCAGUCGCCAAUACGAAAGAUGCAUUAUCAACUCAAAUUAUCAUUCCACAAAAGCAAGUUGGACGUAGAUCUGACAUUUACGUUUCAGUAAUUAGCUACACACAUCAAGUAUCGGCUAAAGGAUGGUUCAUUGCCAUGGUGUCGACAACUGUAGAAACUGACAAUCCUGAAAAUGAAAUCAAACCUGGUCUUGACUUGUUAGGCUCCAUUGCACAAAAGUUCGUGUCUGUUGGCGACUAUUAUGAACCAACCGAUAACGGUUUAGAAUCGCAAAUAUUCAUCUCGCAAUCAUACGAUGCGACAACACAUUUCGAAACGACAUGCUUGGAUGUUUUAGACAUUUUCAAACGCGGAACCGGCGAGGAUUUCGACUUUUCUAAGAUUAAGCAGGAAUUGGGAGAUGAAGAGCAGUAAGCUUAUGUCCUUUUUAAACAAAAAAUCACACAACAACACAACUUUCUUUCUUUCAUAUUAAUCAACAUUCUCUCUGCUCUAUUUCAAAGAAAUGCAAGCAAGUAAAAAAAAGAUUAAUUAAUCAUUAUUGGUUUAUUAUAGUUAUAAUGUAUGAAAGUGGAUAAUGAGUUUUUUUGAUAUUUUUUAAAGCACUGAUUAUUUGUAUAUUUUCUUCAUUUUCCUUUAAUUAAUAUUGAAUACCAAAAUUCUGUAGAAAUACAUCGAACUUCCUCACAAUAUUCUUUCUGUUUUCUUUCAAUUCGCGAUUUUCACUAUAUUGUGAAUAUCUUCUCUUAUCGACCUUGACUGAUACAUAACUUCAUCUGAAUGCAUUUUAAUACCCUCUACUCCCCUUUUUUUAUUACUCUAUAUUUUAUACAAAUUAUUAUUCGUCUAUAUUUAUAUAAUUAUCAAUUAAAAGAAAAGCAUCUUUAAGCUAUAUGCAUUGUGGGUUAUGGUGAUUUAUGCUUGAGAGACUCAAUCUUUCUUCUUCACAUAACCAAUUAUUUUGUUUGUAUCCCGAUAAUAUCCCGAAAAAUGAAUAAAUAUUUGAAAAAAAAAAGAUUUAAAAAAGUUUUAUCAGGCUUGAAAUAUAAAAACGCCUCGUUUAAUUAAAGUUUCUUUAAUAAAAAUUGAGAGAUAUGAUGAAAAAAGAAACAAUUUACAUAUGAAAUAUGAUAAAUUAGAAAUUGUUUGUAGAUGCUAUAAAAACUGGGAAUCGUAUUUGAAUCACUGCUUUUAUAUGAAAAAAAAAAAAAACAUACCAUUAACAUAGCAU